GAUGAAGUGGUGAUGGAUGUGGGAGUGCAGAAUGUCAUCCAAGUUGUGACUGAUAAUGCAGCUGCAUAUGUGGCAGCCGACAAACUUCUAAUGGCUAGACAUCCGACAUUAUUUUGGAGCCCUUGUGCUGCCCAUUGUCUUGACUUGCUCCUUGAGGACACAGGGAAACUAAGUUGGGUAAAGAAAGUGGUUGAAGAUGGAAGGAAUAUCACCAAAUACAUCUACAAUCACACAUGGGUCCUGAAUCUUAUGAGAGAGCACACUGAAGGUAAGGAUCUUGUGCGGUCGGGGGUCACACGCUUUGCUACCAAUUUCCUCACCUUGCAGAGCAUACUUGCUACAUUGCCCAACCUGAAGCGGAUGUUCGUGAGUGAAAGAUGGUUGGGGAGUCCUUAUGCUACAAAGCCUGAAGCAAAGAAGGUUGUGAUUGCCAUUUUUGAUACUAAUUUUGCCAAGAUAGUGGAGGAGAUCAUCAAUGUGUCGGAACCGUUGGUGAGGGUGCUACGAAUAGUGGAUGGGGAUCAUAACUCCAUGGGGUAUCUAUAUGAGGCCAUGGAUAAGGCCAAAGAGGCGAUUCAACACUUGUAUGGGUCAAACAAGACCAAGUAUGAACCCAUAUGGCGCAUAAUUGAUCGGAGGUGGAACCAUCAACUCCACCAACAUAUUCAUGCUGCUGCCUACUUCUUGAAUCCCAAGUUUUUUUACUUUCCGAGUUUCAGAGCAGAUGCAGAGGUUAGAAUUGGCCUUGACACAUGCAUUCGGAGAUUAGUUGAUGAUGAGAUCCUUCGAGACCUGAUACUUGAUGAGUUGCAGAGUUAUAAGAAGGCCUUAGGGGAAUUGUUUUCUUCACCUGAUUGCAAACGUAGGAGAGCCACCUUACGACCAGGUAAAAAAAAACAUAUGUUUAAUUUUUACCAUUUAUUUCUCUCUUUAAGAUUAUUGAAAUCUUUACAAGUUAUAAAUCACAUUUUGUAUCCUUGCAGAUUUGUGGUGGGAAGAUUAUGGUGCCACAACGCCUAAUCUUC